CCGAGCGCUUCACAAUGGUCAAGCCAUACAUGCGCUCGUCGAUCUUUCCAUGGUUACCGUUCCUUAUUAGACCGCUAAUCGCUAUAUACACCACGACCUUCUUCCAGCCAGACGAAUAUUUUCAAUCUCUCGAACCCGCUCACAGAUAUGUUUUUGGUUUUGGAGUGCUGACUUGGGAAUGGACCAGUGAUUCCCCAAUACGCUCAUUUACAUAUCCCUUAAUCUUUGUUCCUGUUUAUCAAAUCAUUCAAUAUUUUCGCUUGGAGGAGACGGGGGCGCUGAUCUGGUUGCCCAAGCUCGUCCAAUCUAUAUUCGCUGCACUCACGGAUUACUAUACAUAUCGGUUGUCCAAAAGGCUCCUCGGCGAGAACGCGGCAUUUAUUUCUCUGUUCCUCUCCCUGCUGUCCUUCUUUAAUGUACUCGCCUUAUCCCGAACUCUCAGCAAUUCUAUGGAAACUUCUCUUACUAUCAUGGCCAUAUAUUUCUGGGAUUUCGAUUCCGGCCGCGAUGGGGAUCAGGGGGGUUUCCCUGGCUAUGUCGCCGCAUUUGUUGCCGCAAUAUCUUUCCUGAUACGACCUACGAGCGCCCUCAUAUGGGCAGCGCUUGCCAUUUACCAAUGUGCCAUGCUGCCAGCACAUAUCCCUCGGCUGGCGACUCGAGCACUGCUAGCAAGCUGCCUUGCAUUCCCUGCAAGUCUUCUUGUAGAUAAGCUAUUCUAUAGGUCAUUCCAGUUGACUGUAGUGAAUUUCAUCAAAGUCAACUUCUCGUCCGUCGCUCUGUUCUAUGGGAAGAACCCGUGGCAUUAUUAUCUCACACAAGGACUACCGAUCUUGUGUACCACUGCCUUGCCAUUUAGCAUACACGGCAUGUGGAUCACUCUUCAUCCGGCAGGAUCUGCACCGCUUGCCUUGAAGUGUCUAGCAUUCGUUGUUAUUUUUAACGUCGCUGUUUAUUCACUGGCUGGCCAUAAAGAAUGGCGAUUCUUGCACCCACUCCUUCCUAUAUUCCACGUGUUUGCUGCCCGAUCGCUGGAAGCGAGCUACCACUGGAGGAGGACACGGUCAGAGGCUCGCGCAAAACUUCCCCUCUUCAACCUCCGAAUUAAAACCAGUCACCUUUGGGUGAUACUGUUUAAUUUACCUGUAUCCUUCUAUGUGAUGCGAUAUCACGGUCGUGGCCAGAUUGCCGCAAUGUAUUAUCUUCGCUCCUUGCCGCGCACAGAGCUUGUCUCCUUGGGAGUGUUAAUGCCAUGCCAUUCUGUCCCCUGGCAGUCCUAUCUCCAUCGAGUAGAACUAGAAAAUGGGCGGGCAUGGUCGCUGAGCUGCGAGCCUCCGCUGCUUGGUCAAAAUCUUCUAACAUACCGGGACGAGACGAAACAUUUUUAUGAGGACCCAGCAGCCCAUGUCGAGCAAUAUUUCUCCAAAGCGGAGGUCCGAACGAACCACACUGGAGUGGAUGCUUCCUGGCACCACAUCUGGCCGAGCCAUCUCAUGCUCUUCAAGUCCCUACUCACGUACCGGCCUGCCCACAUCGAUUCGAAGGACGAAUACACCACUAUAGAAGACAUCUUAUGGGCUCACGGCUAUCGCCAGGUCUGGGAGUCUGGUUGGAAUGGUUGGGAAGGCGACGAAAUGAGAAGAGGGGCAGUAGGUGUGUGGAAAUCAGGGAAUGAAUUAGGCAGGAUAUAGAUGCUUUCGGGGUUGGUGAUUAUGGUAGGCAUUCAUUCAUGGUGCUUAAGUUACAAGACCUCGUCUAGAUUGCACACAU